CCCAUGCCCCCGCAUCCGGACCCCUGACGCUGGACCCUCACCACCAUCGACCUUCCCCCCUCCGCCCCCCUUUCCUUCCCUUCCCCCUCUCUUCCCUGGAACCCCUCCCUCCUUGCCAACAGCAGCACAUGGGCCUCAUCCGACUGAGGACGUGCCUGGCCCUUGUGGCCGCGGCACUGUUUGCCGUCCUCACGGUGGCCAGUGCCUCGGCUGCUGUCCCUCUCGCGCGCAGUGCUUCGACUCCCAUCAUCCCUGAGGAUGACCUCAUUCAGGGGACCUUCUCGCGCUCGGAAAUUCAGCACUGGCUCACCGACAUUGCCGAGCGCUGGAUGGCCUCUCGCAGUGCCGGAGAGACGCUCGAUCUUCCUGGCAGCCACACUCCCGACAUUGAUAUCCGCCGCUUCCAUCGCCACGCUAAUUACCUGCCGGAGUUUGUGAUGCACGAGCUCUUCGAGGCGGCCCCCUUGGCCAACCCGGCGCCUCUGGCCGUCCGGGCCCCGGGCCGGGGUGGUGAGACCUGUCUCCAAUGCCAGGCCAAAUCCCGCGCCCUGCAGGAGGCCUACUUCACCCCGGAGGUGGGAGACUUCAUGCGCGAGAUGGCGUAUGAGGUGUGCCUCAAGCUGAAGAUCUACCCGCCGCAUGUGUGUGCUGGCGCGGUGGAGCUCUUCUCACCGGCCGCCAUUGAAAUCAUCGGCCACACCGUCUUCGAGCCGGCCGAGCGCUGCGCUCGCCUUGCCCUGUGCGAGCCGGUCAUGAGUCCCAGCUUGAACAUUACCCUGCCGAUGGACAAGCCGCCGGUGGACUACACCCCGCCCAAUCCUCGGGGGAAUAUCAAGCGCAUUCUCCACCUGACCGACCUGCAUAUUGAUCACUUGUAUGCCACCGGUCUGGAGGCCGAUUGCCCGGACCCCAUUUGCUGUCGGCCCCGCCCGGAUGAUGGCACCCCUCUGUCUCGCCCGGCUGGGCCUUUUGGCGACUACAACUGUGACGCGCCAAUGCUCCUGAUGGAGAGCAUGCUGGAGUACAUUCGUGAUGAGUUCUCCGAUGUGGACACCAUCUUCUGGACCGGUGACAUCCCACCGCAUGAUGUCUGGGCAAGUGAGAAACAGGCCUACCUGACCCUCAUGGACAACAUGGCCGAGCUGUUCCACACCAUCCUCCCGAAUGUCACGGUUCUCGGCGCCAUCGGCAACCAUGAGAGUGUCCCGGCCGAUCUUUUCCCCCCGGUGUCGUACCAGAAGUCGGAGUUCAGCAUCAGCUGGCUGUAUCAGGAGCUGGCACAGCAGUGGAGUCGGUGGCUCGGUCCCCGGGCCCAGGAGCAGCUCCGCCAUGGGGGCUCCUUCCUGCAUGAGCUCGACUCCAAGACCCUGGUGCUGUCCCUGAAUGAUGAGGUGUGCGCCACGCACAACCUCUGGCUGCGCAUGAAGGAUGACACCCCCGGAGCGGAGUGCUGCCGCGAGGAGUUCCCGGAUCCCGACGAGAUGCUCGGGUGGCUGGCUCGCGAGCUUGGGGCCGCCGAGCGCCGCGGGCAGCGUGUUUUCAUCCUCCGCCAUAUCCCCAACGGCUCGGGCUGCCAUCCCAAUUGGUCUCAGGCAUUCCGUGACAUUCUCAUUCGCUUUGAGGGUGUGGUGGCCGGUGUCUUCUCGGGGCACACGCAUCAUGACUUCUUUGAGGUGUAUUACCGGGGUGGCACGGCCGAAGGCAGCAACCCCCCGAGCGGGGUGGAUCCCUCUCGUCCUUGGGAUGACAGCCACCUGCCGCGCGAGCCGGCCGUCGUCGGGUUCAUCGCCCCUUCCGGUGCCCCGCUCGAUGGCAUGCCCUCCUUCCGGGUAUACGAUGUGGACUGGGACACCCGGAAGGUGGUCAACUUCCAGGUGCACUAUGCUGACAUUGCCCAGGGCAAUGCCGUGGUGGCUGCUCGGGCUGAGGCCCUGAAUUUGCCCCUGGAUCAGACCCCUGUCUUCCCUGGGGAUCUUCACUGGAUCGCCGGGCCCGAUGCUCGGGCUCACUAUGGCCUGCGUGAUGUGUCAGCCGUCCAGUUGGAUGCCCUGGCACGGCGCAUGGCUCGGAUUGGCGACCCCGAGGGUGAUGAUCUCUUCGAGCGAUUCUACCACCAGUACCGCCGGCAGAAUGCCCUUGGCAGCGUGUGCAAUGACAGCUGCCGCAACAGCCUCACAUGUCGCCUGCGUUACAGUGUCACCACGGAGACCUGUGCCGCCGUGUGAGUGGUGGCGCUUGGCGGCCAUCCCCAUCGAUGUGCCUGGGUCUCUGCUCUUGUUUGGGCCCAGCCGUCAAAAAUACACGGUCUUUCUUCGGG